GUUGCAAUUAAUAAUCCCCAAGAUGAGAUCGUCUAUUUGUUGUUUUCGUACGACGGCGCCAGGCGGAGCCUGCUUCGAGCCGUUGGAGGAGGUGAAGUCGUCGAGGACGCCGAGGUCGCCCUGCAUAAAGGAAAAAUGCAGGAACCUAAUGGCCUGGAUCGGGAAAGGAGGCCACCACAAGCACUACGGUUCCUCUGAUUUCAGUUACGAUCCGUUGAGCUACGCACUGAAUUUCGAGGAUGAAUCCAGCCGAGCCGACGAAUUUCCUUUCGUCAAUUUCUCGUCGCGGCUUCCAGCUACGCCGGACCGAUCGCCGGCUAUCAAGCGCUUGGAUGGUACGCCGGUGCCGGUAAGGAGGGAAGUCUACGCGUUCAGUUGAUAGAAAAAUGCUGCCAUUAUAUAGCUGGAUUAGAUUAACUGUAACGUUCCAGA